GAAGUGCAGGACACACAGGUGAGAGCUGUCACUAGCUGAGGAUCGGGAGCAGUGGAACAGAGAAAGACACAGACCCAGGGAAAGGAACAAGAAAAGAAAAGGCUGGUGCAUAUCAAAAACUUCAGGCAAAGCAGAGUCUUCCUUCUCUCUUCCAGCUCCUCAGGUGGAGUCAAGUUUUGAUUUUACUCACAGGGGGCUGGCUAUGAAAAUAACAUUUCUACACCAUAAGUAAAUCAGGAAAUCAAGUACAUAUUUUGAGCGAAAAUGUCUGAAUUGUGGUUAAUUUCGGUGCCUGGGGAUAAAACUAACCUGGCAGCGCUGGAUAGAAUGAACACAGUGACUUCCAAGGCAAACUUGUCCAGCAAUGCUAAAUUUGUCAUACCAGAACUGAAGGUGGGGACUUUGGAUGCCCUUGUUGGACUCUCAGAUGAAUUGGGGAAACUCGAUACGUUUGCUGAAAGCUUGAUUAAGAAGAUUGCACAAUAUAUAGGAGACGUCAUGGAUGAUUCAACUGACAAAGCCCAAGAAACUUUGCUGGCGAAUGGAGUGGACCUGAUCAGCUACUUAGCUCGUUUUGAGUGGGACAUGGCUAAGUAUCCCGUCAAACAGCCACUGAAGAACAUAACGGAAGUAUUAAGCAAGCAAAUGUCGCAGAUAGACACAGAUCUAAAAUCCCGAUCUUCUACUUACAAUAGCAUUAAAGGAAAUCUGCAAAGCCUGGAGAGGAAAACUGUGGGCAACCUCUUGACCAGAACCUUAGCUGAUAUAGUGAAUAAAGAAGACUUUGUCCUGGACUCAGAAUAUAUGGUCACACUUCUUGUGGUUGUUCCAAAGUCAAAUUAUGGUGCGUGGCAAAAAACAUAUGAAUCUCUUUCUGAUAUGGUGGUUCCACGCUCGACCAAACUGAUUGCCGAGGAUGCAGAAGGAGGCCUUUUCACUGUGACCUUAUUUAGAAAAGUAAUGGAUGACUUUAAAGCCAAGGCCCGGGAAAACAAAUUCAUUGUGCGGGAAUUUCUCUUUAACGAAAAGGAACUGCAGUCAGAAAAGGAUGAAAUUGUUAAACUGGCGGCUGACAAAAAACAACAAUAUGGUCCUCUGCUGCGCUGGCUGAAAGUAAAUUUCAGUGAAGCUUUCAUUGCCUGGAUCCACAUCAAAGCACUGCGAGUAUUUGUGGAGUCCGUCCUUAGGUAUGGAUUGCCAGUGAACUUCCAGGCAGUGGUUCUGCAGCCCAACAAGAAGUCCAUGAAGAGAUUACGGGAUGUACUUAACGCCAUCUUCAGGCACCUGGAUGAAAGUGCAGCUGCAAACAUGAAGGAUAUUGGUAUGGAUAUUCCCGGCUUGCAGCUGAGCAGCCAAGAUUAUUAUCCCUACGUCUGCUUCAAGAUAGACCUGACCAAUUUGGACUUUUAACUGCUUCCCUCUCAUUACUUGUACAUGUAUUUAUAUAUAUUCAUGUGCCCACCUUAUAUAAUCCAUUCCCUACACUGGGCUUGCUGGGAGCCAAAUACACCCCGGGGUGGCCUUGUAUACCAACACAAUCACUUCUGAAUGCUUCUUUCUCUUACUCUGAUCUAUAGGAUUUAUUUGUCAUCUCUAACCUGUGGCCUUACUAAGGUUGUUGAGAGGGGUCACUGGGAUUUGUAGUCAGAGGGAAACAUGUUGGAAGUAAAAAUCAUGUACAAAUAUUCUACAGAAUCCAUAUAGUAGGAUUCAGAUACAACCGGUUUGUAAUCAGUGUAGCCCAGGAACAUGCCUGUAUUAGUAGUGUCUGUAUCAAUUUAUCUGGUGUCCUCAGACCAUAGAAUCCUGUUCGAUAGGGUUCAAGGAUAGAUGUGACUGAGCUAAAGGUGAUAAUCUCUUAGUUCAGUACAGAGAUACAUUUAGGGGCAGAUUUAUCAAAGGUCGAGGUGAAUUUUCGAAUAAAAAAAAAAAAUCGAAUUUCGAGCUAUUUUUUGUGUACUUCGACUA